AUGAGCACACACGGGCUAUAUCACCAAGUCCGUUGGACGACGGCUACACUAUCCGGCAAACCGUUUCAAUUUGAGAAAGUAGUCUUUCUCGCUGGCGAAGGGGAGCAUGACACAAUCUUGUCAGCAUACCAAAGCCAACUUGCCGAAGAGGGCCACAAAACAGCCAUUGCCAGAGAAGUUGAGCAGAUAGCGCCAUUGUUAACGCCUGAUGCAAUUGUCGUUCAUCUUCCUCAGGCGGUGAAUGACAAGUACGGGGUCUAUGAAGCGGCGACUAAAUCGUGCACCAGUCUCAUUGCUGCUGCGCAGAUGCUGCAACAACACACCCAGGCCAAGAGAGGCACGGCUUAUAAGCUGUUUUCAGUCAUCACCAAAGAUUCUGGUAUCAGUGAACUGGGUUACGCACCUCUCUAUGGACUGGCACGCGCAAUGAAGAUGGAAAUACCAGAUCUCUUUGGCGGACUGAUCGAGGAAGACGAAGGACGCUUUCCGCUUUCCGCUAUAAAAUAUGCCCAGGGCUUCGAUGUCGUCAAAGUCUCCAAUGGAGUGGCGCAGACUGCGAGGCUCCAACCGUUCCAGGACAUUGAAACAAAAGGGGCCGGUGUAAAGCCAAGUCUUGAUCCCAAGGGCACAUACCUGAUCACGGGCGGGACCCGAGGCAUAGGUUUGGAGACUGCGACUUGGAUGGGGGAGAGAGGGGCUCGCAACAUUGUACUGGUGUCCCGUCGUGGUUUGCCUGUUCUCAACAACGAAGAGAAAGAUGCUGAUACCGACGCAUUGGUCAAACGGAUUGAUCAUCUCCGCACCUUAGGGGCUAUUGUACAUGUGCUGGCCAUUGACAUCAGCAAGCCGGAUGCAGAUCUGACUCUGCGGCAAGCCUUAGACAACUUAGCCCUGCCUUCUGUAAAGGGUGUUAUUCACACAGCCGGUGUCGCGGGAUACCGCACAUUGGAGCGCUGUACUCCCUCUGAGGUGGACAACGAUAUGGCGCCCAAAGUGAUGGGCGCCCUCCAUCUGGACAAGUUAUUUCUACCAGGCACAUUGGAUUUCUUCAUCCUGACAUCCUCUGUUGGACAACUCGUUGGAUUUCCCGGCCAGUUGUCUUAUGCGCCAUCAAACUCGUUCUUGGAAGGAUUAGCUGCACGGAGGAGACGUCAGGGAGACAACAGCACAUCGAUCCAGUGGACUUGCUGGGAUGGCGUUGGUAUGAUGGCUCAAAGCAAGUCGGCUACACGUAUGAUCACUACGGGAAUGCAAGCCAAGGGCCUUGCAAUCAUCAGCAAAGAGGAGGCCCUGGCGGCCUUGGAUGGCGUCCUUAGCCUCAAGUCUGACCAUGUGGCGGUGGUGCGAGUGUUGGAGCUCAAGAAAGGAGACCCGCCAAGGCAUCCAGUGCUAUGGGAUAUCACACCCCGAACAGGAGACGAAAAAAUCACACCAACAAGUUAUCCUGAGCAUGCAGUGGCCAUCGUGGGCAUGGCUUGCCGGACAGCGGCCGGAGACACCGCAGAUGACCUUUGGCAGGCGAUAUCGUCAGGUAAGAGCAUGUUCCGCGACUUGGACCCGAAGCGGUUUCCCGACGCAGCCAGUAAAAGCGAGAAGAUGGUGGGCAAUUUCUUACGAGACACCGAAUCAUUCGACCAUCAGUUCUUCAAGAAGUCUAAGCGCGAAUCUGCGGCCCUCGAUCCACAUCAACGCCUGUUGCUCGAAACCACUUACCACGCCCUCGAAUCAGCCGGCUGCUUUGGAGAAGAUCAGCAACAGGAGGCAGAGACCCACGAUGUGGCCGAUGGUGGCGAAAUCACCGGCUGCUUCAUCGGCAUGAACGCGCCAGACUACCCCUUGAAUCUGGCUUGCAACCCAUCGUCGCCUUACACGGGCUUCGGACCUUCUCAGACUAUUGAUACGGCUUGCUCGUCGGCUAUGGUUGCCAUACACCAGGCCUGCCGGGCGAUCCAGGUCGGCGAGUGCACGAGGGCUAUCGCUGGAGGUGCCAAUCUGAUCACCAACACUGCCUUGUUCGACGCCCUCCGCACAGGCGGGUUUCUGAGCAAGACGGGUCCAUGCAAGACAUUCGAUGCUCGCGCGGACGGAUACUGCCGUGGUGAGGCUGUCGGUGUUUUGGUAUUGAAGCCAGUGGCCAGGGCGAUUCAGGAUGGCGACGACAUUCACGCCGUAUUGCUGUCCACUGGCAACAAUCAAAACAUAAACAACACUAGCAUCACAAAUCCUGUUCUGAAGAGCCAGAAGGCAUUAUUCAGAGACGUGCUGCUGCGCGCUGGUGUCAGCCCAGCGGCCGUGUCGUAUGUCGAGGCUCACGGUACGGGAACACGCGCUGGUGACCCCGUCGAGGUUGAGGCGAUCCGACAGGUUCUUGGUGGUCCGGACCGGGGCAAUACUUUGCAUGUCGGCGCUGUGAAACCCAAUGUCGGCCAUUCUGAGGGCGCUUCAGGCGCGAUUUCCCUGAUCAAGGUCCUGCUCAUGAUGAAGCACGGUAAAAUUACACCUCAGGCCCAGUUCCAAACACUGAACCCGAAUAUUCCAGCCCUCGAGCCUGACCAAAUGGCGAUCUCGACCUCCUUGAAAGAAUGGCGAGAUGACUUGCGUUUGGCACUGGUGAGCAGUUAUGGUGCUUCUGGUAACAAUGCGGCCACUGUCGUUGCGCCUCCACCUCCUCGAUCGUCAUCUUCGCCUUCAUUGCUUGAGUCUAACACGGCCAAUGCUUCUGUUUCAAAGUUCCCUAUUUUCAUAUCUGCCGGUUCUAAAUCCAGUCUUUUGGCUUAUUUCGCCAAACUGAAGAGUCAGCUAGAUAGAGAGUCGUCUACUCCUGAGUUCGUUCGGCACCUGGCUUUUACGCUGGCGAAGAAGCAGAACCGCCAACUCCAACACGUGUUCUCCACGACUGUCACAUCUGGUACUGACUCUCCAACUCAAGUGAACGACCUGCAGACACAACUCGCUGAUCCCGAGAGCCACAUUACCACGGCCUCUCCCAAGCCCAAGUCAAUUGUGUUACUCUUCAGUGGACAGAAUGGCACUGCAGUUCCGCCUGCCAAGGCUCUAUAUGAGAGCUCUCUGCUCUUCAAGUCAUAUAUAGACGACUGCGAAGAGGCAAUUCAGUCUCUUGGGCUUCCCAGUCUCUUCCCGGCUGUCCUCGAGGGAGUCCAAGAAAGCGAUGAUCUCGUCCUCCGCCACGCUGCCAUGUUCGCUAUUCAGUACUCGUCCGGUAUGUCGUGGAUUGCUUCAGGAGUGAGGCCCCAGGCAAUUUCUGGCCACUCCUUUGGCGAGUGGGCAGCACUGACUGUCUCGGGCGCCAUAACACUGAAGGAUGGACGUGCAUCUCUCAUCGCGAAGCUCUGGGGCGAUGACACCGGGUCCAUGGUAGCCAUCGAGGCCGACUUGGUCGGGACGGGGACGACGCCUGCUCAAAACAUGCAGCGCUUCAACGAGCAGCAUCCUGACGUUAAGCUUGACAUUGCGUGCUACAACGGGCCUAACAACUACGUUGUCGCUGGGCAUACACCGGACAUCGACUUGCUUGAAUCGCACUUGAUCGAGAGGAAAGCCAGCGGUGAAAAGCUCCGCUUCAAGGUCCUGAGAGGAAUGCAUGCAUACCAUUCAGUCAUGGCUGACCCGAUCGUUGAUGAAGCAGCGGUGCUAUCAGCUUCGGUCACAUUCAAGAAUCCCAUUUACCCUUUCGAAUCGUGCCACGAGGACUCCUGGACCGGUCCUGGUCCCAACGUGAUCGCCCGCAAUACUCGGGGUGCAGUGUACUUUGGAAAAGCCAUCUCGCGCAUUGUCGAUCGUCUGGGUUCAUGCACGUUUUUGGAGGCUGGCUUCGGCGGUCCCAUUAUCGCGUUGGCACGGAACGCGAUACCACAAGCACAGGCUCAAGACCAGCACGGCUUUGUACCGAUCAAUGGCAAAGACCCAGUUCGAUCUCUUGCAGACGCCACGGUGGCGCUGUGGAAGAACGGGCACACGAACGUACAGUUCUGGCCCUUCCACCGGAGCCAAGCCGCGAGCUAUGUGCCCGUGCAUCUACCGCAGUAUCAAUUCGAAAAGCACAAUCACUGGCUUGAUUACACUCCCCUUGGCAGCGCAAGUACGAAGCAAGGCGGCGAGGCACCACUGUCCGGUUUGUGCCCUCACUGCCACCAAGACAUCAGUGACUACCCCUACAUAGAGCAGGACAAGAGCCAGAAUCAGGGAGAGUAUGUCUUCAAGGUAGACACACGCAGCAGGCGCUACCAUGAGCUUGUCAAAGGUCACAUUGUUGUUGGUUCUUCAUUAUGCCCAGCAGCAAUUUACCUCGAACUGGCUGCGCAUGCAGUCGCUCUGCUGAAUCCUGGGAAGAACGCGGAAACCACAGUGGAUGCCAUUAAGAUCAACGCUCCUCUUGGUAUAGACUCGAAACGCUCAGUCAGACUCACGUUAACAAAGAAGACGGGGAGUGCAUGGGACUUCAAGUUGGCUUCCUUUAAAGACAACGAGAAGCCAACCUCACAUGCCACAGGCGUCAUAUCUCUGACCAACGGCUCCAAGUCUGGCAGCGAAUCGAGCGAUAGACACAUGUGGGAGCGCCUCUCAACGCUUCUGGAUGAUGAUACCGAUACGGAGGCACUGCGAGGCGCAAUGAUAUACAAGGUCUUCUCCAAGAUGGCCACCUAUUCGCCGCCGUAUAAAGGCCUGAAAUACCUCGUUGGCAAACAAGGCAAGGAGGGUGCAGGAGACAUUCACAUGCCGCUGUCCAACUUGGACGCUUCGGCCAUGACUCCCAACAAGAGCGAAGAAGAGGAGACGAACGGCGAAAUGUCUUACAUUUGCACUGGCAUGGAUUCCGUAGGCCCGCUAAGUGCGCUGAAGGGAAGCGCGAGAUACAGAGCAUACACCAGGAUUGUUCACGAGGACAGCAAAGAGACCAUCUUGGAUGUAUUUGGCUUUGACAAGAACACAAGAAAACUUGUCUGGUCUGCCAGGGGCCUAAAGUUCUCGAGAGUUCCUCGCAUCUCACUAGCCAAGGUGAUUGCGGGAGCCAACCCAGGAACAAGUGUGGAGAUCAAAGAGCCAGUCAAGGCUCCGGCAAGACCAGUUGAUGUUCAAACAUCCACGCCCAAGAGCUCGUAUCAGAGUCCACCAGCUGCUAUCACUGCUGCUCCGAUCGCGCCUAAGAAGCCCAAAGCUAAGAAGAGUGGUCAAAAGUCGGUCUUCGUGCUGGGUGGCGUGCAGCAGCUUCUGAGCAAGUCACUCGACAUUCCUGCUGAGGACAUCAUUGAGAGCGCAACGCUAGAGGAGCUCGGUACAGACUCGCUGGUGACUUCAGAAAUCCUGGCAAGUAUCUCCGAUACAUUCAAAGUGGACAUUUCGAAUGAUGAGUUCACCAAGAUUGUGGAUGUUGCCUCUCUGUGCGCUUUCAUCUCUGCUCGAGUCGGUGGCGGUGACGAUGAUGCCGGCGCUGAGAUUGACAGCAGCGAAGAAGAAGAGGAAUAUCAGCAGCCUGAGCAUGUAUUUGAACCUACUGUUGAGGCAGUCGGCAAGCCUUCAUCGGCUUGGCGGGAGCCUAUUUUCUCGAUACUCAGCCAUUCCCUAGACGUGCCUAUCGAGGAGAUUCAGAUGGACUCGAAUCUCGAGGAUCUGGGCGCCGACUCCCUUGUCGCAUCGGAAAUCAUCAGUAACUUGAAUGAUGCGUUCAGCGUUGACAUCUCAAACUCGGAAUUCUCUUCACUGGUCGAUGUGGCAUCCCUGUGCAAGCUCAUCGGGGCAACUCUAGGUGUUGAUUCAGCGCAAACUCCCACUUCCAAUGGAUCUCAUGGGCAGUCAGCCUCCAUCAACGACAUCUCAAUGACUCCGUACACGGGCGCAACCACGCCGGCUGCUGCUGAGAAGUCGACGCUGGAGAGGAGCGGUGGAAGAAUAACCCACGCAGCUUUCCAGCAGAUCCGCCGCAACUUUGAUGCACAUGCCAAGGACACCAAGUUCACGGGCUAUUGGGAUCAGGUAUAUCCUCCUCAGCUGGAAACCGUCGCAGCAUUCAUUACCGAAGGAUUUGCCAAGCUCGGCUGCCUCAUUGAAAACUUCAAGCGAGGAGAGAAACUCCCUGCCCUGCAGGGAACCCUUGCCAAAUACCAUAGAGAAGUCCCGCGGCUCUGGGAUAUCCUAGAGGAGGCCGGUAUCGUCGAGAAAACAAAAGCUGGUGACUACAUGCGCGGCCCGACGCCCCUACAUGACCCAAAUGUCAAGUCGGCCGUGGAACUCAGUGCCGACCUCAUCGCACGUUUCCCUCAAUACGCAUCAACACACGGUCUGCCUGAUCUUCUCGGGCCACAUUUGGCUGAAUGUCUGUCUGGCAAAGCUGACGCUGUCUCUCUUUUGUUUGGCUCUGAUAAGGGUCGCCUCCUACUAGAAGACUUCUACGCAAACGGCCCCGAUCUGCUGGCCACCACAAGGGUUUUGUGCGACUUCAUCUCAGCCGCUAUCCACUUGCAGGCCUCCGAUGGUGAACCAUUCCGGAUCCUCGAGGUCGGCGCCGGCACAGGUGGCACCACUAAACAUCUCGUACCGCUGCUUCAAGCCACUGGACUUCCCUUUUCAUAUACAUUCACCGAGCUCUCGCCUUCACUGCUUGCGCGCGCCAAGAAGACAUUUAAGGGCGUUCAAGGCAUGGACUUUAGUAAACUGAACAUCGAAGAGGAGCCCCCGCAGGAGUUGCUAGGAAAGUACCAUGUCGUUGUGUCGAGCAACUGCGUGCACGCAACACGCAACCUGAAUGUUUGCCUGACUAAUAUCCGCAAGAUGGUACGACCUGACGACGGCGCCGUGGCACUGGUUGAGCUGGCGCAAAAGCUGGCGUGGUAUGACCUUGUCUGGGGCCUUCUGGACGGGUGGUGGUUGUUCGACGACGGCCGCUCAUAUGCGCUGCAGAGCCCCUGGGCCUGGGAGAAGGUCAUGAACGACUCUGGAUUUGCGCACGUGGACUGGUCUGAGGGCUCAACGAGAGAAUCCAGAGGUGUCCGAGUGGUCUGUGGUAUGGUUGCUGAGCCGGAGAAGCAGUGUUCUGCAAAGGCGACAUCGACGUUGCUUCAUCGUGGUUCACGGGCUUCAGGAGGCCGCAACGUAUUCCUUGCCCCAGAUGGAUUUGGGUCCGGUGCGGUGUUUGGCGCUCUUGGGCCGUUGCUGAGCAGUGCUGAAGAGGUGUCUGUGUAUGCUCUCAACAGUCCCUUCCUCAAGAACAAGCCCGACGCCCUCAAUAUACCUACUAUCGAGGAGCUUGCUGCCAUCUACGUCGGCGAGAUCAAGCGCCGUCAGCCCGAGGGUCCUUACUUGCUCGGUGGAUAUUCGGUCGGCGGUGUUGUGGCCUAUGAAGCAGCGCGACAGUUGCUUGAGGACGGCAAUGAGGUCGAGAAGCUAUUCCUCAUCGAUACGGCGUGUCCCACCUUCGCAAGCACGCUACCCGACGCCUUGUGCGAGUUUUUGGAUAGCAUAGCCCAAGACAAGAAUGGCGAGAGCAGCAGAGGUAAAGUUGUUGAGAACGACCACUUCACGCUAGCAAGACAACAGGUGGCGGCGUACAAGGUGAGCAAGCUGCCUGGCAGGAAGUUGCCACAAGCUGUGCUAGUCUCAGCGAAGGAGGGCGCAGACAAGCAGGAUACUGUGCGCAGGCCAGAGGUCAAGCCCGAAGAACAGAGGAUCACAGAGUGGUUCUUGGACGACAGGGUCGACGACGGAUCUUUGGGAUGGGAUGAACUCUUGGGAAGCGUGAGUGUGGUUCGCGCCGACGGCAACCACUUCUCCAUGAUGACUCCCGCAAAGGUUAAUACUUGGGCCUCGACUCUUGCUGGACUGCUUGGGCCUUGA